AUGAAGUCCUUCAUCGCUGUUUCCUCCGCCAUUCUGGCUUCUCUUAACCUCGUCGCUGCAGUCCUAGCAAUCGCACCCACCGCCGAGGCAGUCUCCGUCUCGGUCUCCUACGAUCCCGUCUACGAUGUUGCCGGAUCUUCCGUGAAUACCGUGGCCUGCGGUAGCGUUCUCAGCCAAAAGUACCCAACGUUCGGCCAGCUGCCCGGCUUCCCUCACAUCGGCGGUGCCAUCACUAUCUCCGGCAAUGGCAGCCCUAGCUGCGGCAAGUGCUACCAGCUGCACUACUCUGGUAAUGGGGUUGACAAGACCAUCACCGUCCUUGGAAUCGAUACUGCUCCUGGUGGUUUCAACAUUGGUCUUCAGGCUAUGAACGACCUCACCAAUGGCCAGGCUGAGCAGCUGGGUCGGGUGACGGCCACCUACACCGAGGUCGAGGCCUCGCAGUGCGGUGCAUGA